GCUCGAUGGACAAAUUUGCUCCCGUUCGCCUUUUCGCCUUCUUUAAGCAUCGCAAAGAAUAUCUUCGAUUUUGUGCUGUGCAUUAUAUACUCACGCUCAUACACGCCUGCAGCAUGGAGGUGGUCCCGGAUAUCGCAACUGCAUCGUCGCACUUGAAAUAUGACGGUUCAGCUAAGACUCCCUCCGUGGUACAAGCUGAAGACAUUUCAAAAUUAGCGGAAGGUCUUGCUCAGAGCAAACUAGAAGAGGCUUACGAAUUGAUCGACACCGUUGAAGCCAUCCCUGCUGUCAUCAGCAACCUCAUUGACCAGCCAACAACACCUCCUUCUAUUUACAUCGACUUAGAAGGAGUUAAGCUUUCCCGAGAAGGCUCCAUAUCGAUCCUUCAGAUUCACAUAGCCCCACAGAAAAAGUCGUAUCUUAUCGACAUUCAUGUCCUCGGCUCCAAGGCAUUCGACACCUCUGGCAAUCUGGGCCACACUCUGAGGUCUGUGCUUCAGUCUGACUCGAUUCCUAAGGUUUUCUUUGAUGUUCGGAACGACUCCGAUGCUCUUUUCAGCCAUUUCCAGAUCUGUUUGGGUGGCAUUGUGGAUCUUCAGGUCAUGGAAUUUGCCACACGAACGUUCCGAAAACAGUUCGUAAAUGGACUUUCGAAAUGCAUUGAGAGGGAUCUAUAUCUAUCAUACAAGCAGCAAUCCGAGUGUCAGCGGGUCAAAGAAACCGGACUCAAAUUGUUUGCGCCUGAAAGAGGGGGCUCCUAUGAAGUCUUCAAUGAGCGGCCCUUAUCAGACGCAAUUGGCUUGUACUGCGUCCAAGAUGUACAAUGGCUACCUGAUUUGUACCAGACAUAUCUGCCAAAGAUUGGCAAGUCAAUGUCUGCCAAGAUUGCACAGGCUACUCUUGAUCGGGUCAAGGAGUCGCAAAGUCCUCUCUAUAACGGGCAUGGCAAGCACAAGGCGAUUGGUCCGUGGUGAAUUUUGGUAGAAGAAGUAGUUUUGGGCAAAAGUCAUGUAACCAUUUCUUAAUUUAUCGCCGUG